AUGCCCGCGCCAGCAGUAUUCGGAAGCGAGGCAUACCCGUUUGACCCUAACAAACGACCCGAAGGCGCUGCGGAAGACCACACUCACCAAUGGCGUGUGUUCGUUAGAGGCAUUAAUGGCGAAGAUAUUUCAUACUGGCUGAAGAAGGUGCAAUUCAAGCUACACGAAACUUAUGCGCAAUCCGUCCGAACAAUAGAAGCACCACCUUUCGAAGUAACCGAGACCGGAUGGGGUGAAUUUGAGAUACAAAUUAAGCUAUAUUUCGUGCCAGAGUCAAUGGAAAAACCACAAACGCUAUGGCAUGGACUGAAGCUUCAUCCAUAUGGCUCUGAUGUUGAAGGGAAAAAGGCAAGAAGGGAAACUGUGGUCAGCCAAAACUAUGAGGAGGUGUUAUUUAAUGAACCGGUUGAACAAUUUUACGACUUGCUCACUGGUGGUACUGGUGUUGCGCAGCAACAAACGAAAGGAAAGUCGACGAAGGGAAAGCAAGCCCAGUUGCCGCCCACGGCACUAGGUAGAAGAACUGCUGAAAUUCCUCAUACGGACAGCCCUAAGAAUCCCUACAGUCGAAAGUCGGAAGCAAAGGAAGUCGACCGGAUAAUAGAAGCAACAAAAACAGUGGAAAAGAUUUUGAAGGAUGAAAAGGCAAAACUUUUGGAGAGAGAAAAAGUCCUUGCCGGUCUCAAAGAGACUGAAGGAACCAGCCUUCUUCAGAAGAAAAGAUAA